AUGGAGGCUUAUCACAAACCCGACCAGCAGAAGCUGCAGGCCCUGAAGGACACGGCCAACCGACUGCGUAUUAGCUCCAUCCAGGCCACCACGGCGGCGGGCUCCGGCCACCCCACGUCAUGCUGCAGUGCCGCGGAGAUCAUGUCUGUCCUCUUUUUCCACACUAUGCGCUACAAGGCCCAGGACCCCCGCAACCCUCACAACGACCGCUUCGUGCUCUCCAAGGGCCAUGCAGCUCCCAUCCUGUAUGCAGUCUGGGCAGAAGCUGGCUUCCUGCCCGAGGCAGAGCUGCUGAACCUGCGGAAGAUCAGCUCCGACUUGGAUGGACACCCCGUCCCGAAACAAGCUUUCACCGAUGUGGCCACUGGCUCCCUGGGCCAGGGUCUGGGCGCUGCUUGCGGAAUGGCCUACACUGGCAAGUACUUCGACAAAGCCAGCCUCCCUGCCCUGUCUGCCCACAGCUACCGCGUCUACUGCAUGCUGGGAGAUGGAGAGCUGUCAGAGGGCUCUGUGUGGGAGGCCAUGGCCUUUGCCGGCAUCUACAAGCUGGACAACCUGGUUGCCAUUCUUGAUAUCAACCGCUUGGGCCAGAGUGACCCAGCCCCACUGCAGCACCAGGUGGACAUCUACCAGAAGCGCUGCGAGGCCUUUGGCUGGCAUGCUGUUAUCGUGGACGGGCACAGUGUGGAGGAGUUGUGCAAGGCCUUCGGCCAAGCUAAGCACCAGCCAACAGCCAUCAUUGCCAAGACCUACAAAGGCCGAGGGAUUUCAGGGGUAGAAGAUAAGGAGUCUUGGCAUGGGAAACCCCUCCCCAAAAACAUGGCGGAUCAGACCAUCCAAGAAAUCUACAGUCUGAUCCAGAGCAAGAAGAAGAUCCUGGCAACGCCCCCGCAGGAGGACGCCCCAUCUGUGGACAUCACCAACAUCCGCAUGCCCACCCCACCCAGCUACAAAGUUGGGGACAAGAUAGCCACCCGCAAGGCCUAUGGACAGGCCCUGGCCAAGUUGGGCCAUGGCAGUGACCGCGUCAUUGCCCUGGAUGGGGACACCAAGAAUUCCACCUUCUCAGACCUCUUCAAAAAGGAGCACCCAGACCGCUUCAUUGAGUGCUACAUCGCUGAGCAGAACAUGGUGAGCAUCGCUGUGGGCUGUGCCACACGCAACCGGACGGUGCCCUUCUGCAGCACUUUCGCAGCCUUCUUCACGAGGGCCUUUGACCAGAUCCGCAUGGCGGCCAUCUCUGAAAGCAACAUCAACCUCUGUGGUUCCCACUGCGGUGUCUCCAUCGGGGAAGAUGGGCCCUCUCAGAUGGCCCUGGAAGAUUUGGCCAUGUUCCGGUCAGUCCCCAUGUCGACUGUCUUUUACCCAAGUGAUGGAGUUUCCACAGAGAAGGCAGUGGAAUUAGCAGCCAAUACGAAGGGCAUCUGCUUCAUCCGGACCAGUCGCCCAGAAAACGCCAUCAUCUACAACAACAAUGAGGAUUUCCAGGUUGGACAAGCCAAGGUGGUCUUGAAGAGCAAGGAUGACCAGGUGACCGUGAUUGGAGCUGGGGUUACCCUGCAUGAGGCUCUGGCUGCUGCCGAACUGCUGAAGAAAGAGAAGAUCAACAUCCGCGUGGUGGACCCAUUCACCAUCAAGCCCCUGGAUAAAAGUCUCAUUCUCGACAGCGCCCGCGCCACCAAGGGCAGGAUCCUCACAGUGGAGGACCAUUAUUACGAAGGUGGCAUAGGUGAGGCCAUAUGCACUGCUGUCGUGGGUGAGCCUGGCAUCACGGUUACCCGCCUUGCUGUCAGCCAGGUACCAAGAAGCGGGAAGCCAACUGAGUUGCUGAAGAUGUUUGGCAUUGACAAGGACGCCAUUGCCCAAGCUGUGAGGGGCCUUGUGUCUAAGGCCUAGAGGAGUUAAGGGGCACAGGGUGGGUAUUCUAUACAUUCCUGAGAAUUGUUGGCAAAGGUGCUCAAAGAUGUAUUGAGAAAAGUGAUAAAUAUGUUUGGAGAAAAAA